AUGUUUUUCAGGUGGCUCCUCCUCUGUUACGGUCUGUGCUUCUCCCUGUUGAAGGCUUCGGGCCACACUGUGGAGCUAAAUGAUAUGUUUGGCCAGAUUCAGUCCCCUGGCUAUCCUGACUCCUAUCCAAGCGACUCAGAGGUGACUUGGAAUAUCACUGUCCCUGAAGGAUUUCGGAUCAAGCUUUACUUCAUGCACUUCAACUUGGAGUCAUCGUACCUUUGUGAAUAUGACUACGUGAAGGUAGAAACUGAAGACCAGGUCCUGGCAACUUUCUGUGGGAAGGAGACCACAGAUACAGAGCAGACCCCAGGCCAGGAAGUGGUCCUCUCCCCUGGCUCCUUCAUGUCCGUCACCUUCCGAUCAGAUUUCUCCAAUGAGGAGCGAUUCACAGGCUUUGAUGCCCACUAUAUGGCUGUGGAUGUGGAUGAAUGCAAGGAAAGGGAGGACGAGGAGCUGUCCUGUGACCACUACUGCCACAACUAUAUCGGUGGCUACUACUGCUCCUGCCGCUUUGGUUACAUCCUUCACACAGACAACAGGACCUGUCGAGUGGAGUGCAGUGACAACCUCUUUACCCAGAGGACCGGCCUGAUCACCAGCCCCGACUACCCCAACCCUUAUCCCAAGAGCUCUGAAUGCUUCUAUACCAUUGAGCUGGAGGAAGGCUUCAUGGUCAGCCUGCAGUUUGAGGACCUUUUUGACAUUGAGGACCAUCCUGAGGUGCCCUGCCCCUAUGACUUCAUCAAGAUUAAAGCCGGCUCCAAUGUAUUUGGACCCUUCUGUGGGGAGAAGGCACCAGAACUCAUCAGUACCCAGAGCCACAGUGUCCAGAUCCUGUUCCACAGCGACAACUCGGGCGAGAACCGGGGCUGGAGGCUCUCGUACAGGGCUGCAGGCAACGAGUGCCCAGGGCUACGGCCUCCUGUCCACGGGAAAAUCGAACCCUUGCAAACCACAUACUCUUUCAAAGACCAAGUGCUCGUCAGCUGUGACACAGGCUACAAAGUGCUUAAGGAUAAUGUGAUGAUGGACACGUUUCAAAUUGAGUGUCUGAAAGAUGGAACAUGGAGCAACAAGAUACCCACCUGUCAAAUUGUAGACUGCGGAGCCCCAACAGAGCUGGAACAUGGGUUGGUUACCUUCUCCUCGAUGAACAACCUUACCACUUACAAAUCUGAAAUCAGAUUCUCCUGCCAGCAUCCCUAUUACAAGAUGCUUCACAAUAUCACAGGAAUAUACACCUGCUCUGCCCAAGGGAUCUGGAUGAAUGAAGUGCUGGGGAGAAGCCUGCCUAUCUGCCUUCCAGUGUGUGGAUCCCCGAAGAUUCACCGGAAGCAAAUGGCCAGAAUCUUCAAUGGACGCCCAGCCGAGAAGGGCACCACUCCCUGGAUUGCCAUGCUGUCUCACCCAACUGAUGUGCCCUUCUGUGGAGGCACGCUUCUAGACCUCAACUGGCUCGUGACUGCUGCUCACUGCCUCCACCAGCCAGUGGACUCCGAGGACCCAAGACUACACGCCUCCUACCUACUCCACCCUUCUGACUUCAAAAUCAUCAUGGGCAAGCAUUGGAGGCGCCACUCAGAUGCAGACGAGCAGCACCUCCGAGUCAAACAGAUCAUCUUGCACCCCCUGUAUAACCCCAGCACAUUUGAGAAUGAUGUGGCUCUACUGGAGCUGUCAGAGAGCCCAACACUGAACAACUUUGUGAUGCCCAUCUGUCUGCCUGAGGAGCCCUCACAAGAAGGAUCUAUGGUCAUCGUCAGUGGCUGGGGGAAGCAGUUCUUGCAAAGGUUCCCAGAGACUCUCAUGGAGAUUGAAAUUCCACUUGUUGAUCACCACACCUGCAAGGAGGCUUAUGUCCCGUUGAAGAAGAAAGUGACUGAGGACAUGAUCUGUGCUGGGGAGAAGGAAGGGGGGAAGGACGCCUGCGCAGGCGACUCCGGAGGCCCGAUGGUGACCUUGGAUACAGAGAGGGGCCGGUGGUACCUGGUGGGCACUGUGUCCUGGGGCCAGGGCUGUGGGCUGAAGGACCACUACGGAGUGUAUUCCUACAUCUACCACCACAAAGGCUGGAUCCAGAAUGUCACCGGGGUGAAGAACUGAGCGCCCUGCCACAUACCCUGCCAUUCAUCCCGCCUACCACUGAGCAAUACUGCUACGGAGCGUCUGUGACAGCAGUUAGAAGCCAAGGCCAAGUCCACACUCUGUUCCUUAGGAUCUUUGUGAUGCUGGACAGCUGACGUCACCUUUUUUUUCUUUUUUGAUACCAGGGAUCGAUCUCAUGACCUCGUGCUGCAGGCACUUAUGACACUGAGCGAAGUCCUCAGCCCAGAUGUCACUUUUUGAACCUGAUUGUUUGUCCCCAAGGUGCAAAGGGCACAGCUGACCUACCUCUUCAAAGCCUGAUGAGGAUGAAACGAAUUAAUACAUACAACGCACUUAAGCAUGUGAAUGGCCUAACUACGAGUUCAGUAAAUAUGAUGAAGCAGAUAGCGAAGUUCUCUUACCAACUCCUAAGGAUGACUGGCCCCACUCUGACCAACUUUACAUGUCCUCUCAUGCCCUAGGGCUUUUUCCCCCCACGUGUAUCUCUAUCAACCUUGAUCCAGCCCUCCCUCCACAAAAAGAUAAAACACAUAAGGCUCUUGGUCCUGUGGCACGGCCCACAGCAGUAUAGCUAUGCAAUUUACGUAGGCACCAAAUUGUAAGGGUGACUGGGGACAGAGAUAGGGGAUUGGGAAUAACACCUGGACCAGCUCCGUCCCCAGCUUGCCAUGGGGCCCCAUGAAAGUUCUUUUAGCUCAUCCUGAAGGGUCCUACCAGCUCUGACAAUCCCAGAUCUAACAAAGCCUUAUUUUCCCUGACGUGAGUUAAAACUAAAGUAACCCUAAGGCAAAAAUUUUAUUAGGUUCAAAAAAGCUUUGAAGCAAACAAAAUGUGGCUUCUGCUCCUGCAAUAUACGCUCACCCCGUCCACCUCAACCUGGUCCUGAAGGACCCAUUCCAGGCAACAUGAAGCCUGUGGGUCUUUCCUUAUUCUCAAGCAGAAUUUCUUUCCUGAGUCCUAGCCCAAGCAGUGUGCCUCUGCCACCCAAGAACACUUUCUUCCUCAGGGAGCUUUCUAGAGACCUUACCCCCUCCAGAGCUCUGGAAGAUUUCAAGGGAUCAGAAGCCCCAAGUCCCUGUCUUCUUUUCUAUCAGAAUUUCUUUUCUUGGAAGACCUUAGCACUGCAGUUUCUAGGUUGUUCUGAGUGUGUUACUGAAAGGGAACAACAACAGGAACUGAGAGCUGUAGGUAUUAGACGCUGUGCCAAACACCUGGAGACCGCAAUUCGCAGCCCGACCCAGUCCUAGGAGAAAGUCUAACUCUGUGUGUCCCGCAGAGAGAUGACAAGGAGGUCCAACUUCAUCAAAUAUUUACUAAACAAGCGGUGCUCUAUUUUAAACACCAAAGAAUUGUGACACAGAGUUCUGAGGCUGCUCACGAGGCAGUCCAAGACUCUGUACCUUCCCAUUUUGCACUUCCUGGCUCCACCCCCAGUUCUAGGCUAGGCUGACUGCUGCUACUGGGCUACUGUGAUGAGCAGAGUGUGACCCAUGCCUUCCAGGAGCUCCUAGAAGGAGCUGUGAGCAGUAUCUGAGAGACUGCUGCAUGGGAAUGGACACUACCCAGUGCUUUGUUUUGAAGAGGCAUGGAGGUCAAAGAAAGGCCAUUCUGGCGUGGAGCUGUUGGGGAAGGCAACACCAGAAAGGUUUCCCGGAAGAGAUAUGUUUGCUCACGGUGGGCAUUGCCACAGAUGAGACAGAGACAGGCUUCCAGAUGGAGGGAGAGCAAGAGUAAAUGUCACUUUAAGUUUCCUCAAAUUACACCAGCUCUUCCAAUGAAAAUGGCAUAUUCAGGAGACAGGUGCUCUGGGAUUAGAAUAAACAUCUGAAAGAGGCUUUCUCCUACAAGUCUAGAACAUUAGCCUCUGCAAUUUUAGACUACUAAUUGGGACUGGAAGCAGCCUCAUAAUUUGUACACAGAUACUGAGUUCUGGUUGGACUCAGUGUGUCCUGCUUUUCCCCAGUUGCAGUAUCAUACAGACUGAGAAAGUGACUGAACGGGCCAAGGACCCUCACCUGUCCUUGAUCUACAAGCAUUUGUUAGGCAGGAAUCUCCUGCUCUACCCAGAUCUCUCAGGGUUGCACAAGCAGAAGUGUCUGUUUGGUUGGCUUGUCUACCUCUAUGCCCUCCUGGAUGCCUCUGGUAAUGAGAAGUUCACUACCUCCAAAUGCUGCCCUUUCCAACUUUAAAAUGUGCUGCUCUUAGCCAGAGUUUGCUUCAAUGCAAUCAGAAUUUACCUCCUUAGAGUAUAGUUUGUAUCAUGAGAGCCAUAAUUUCAUACUGUGAAUCCUGUUAUUAGCAAUAAUGGUUGUGCCUGGAUUUCAUUAGCGACAGAAGCUGUUCUUAUGGGAAGUUACAGAUUUCUUCUAAUAAACAUCUGCAAUGAGUCAA